AUGCAAGCAACACAUCGCAGAACCCGUAUUCCAUUAUCGUGCGAGCUCUGUAGGACUCGAAAGUUGAAGUGCAAUCGCGAAACCCCGUGCCAGAACUGUACGGCACGUGGCGAGCAGGAUGCGUGUAACUACCGCGGACAUAAGGAUCCUGCGAUACCUGUCGGCCGACGCAAGGGGGAUGAAGUUGCUAUACGACAGCGUGUCGACCAGUUAGAGCGCUUGGUGAGACAAUUGCUCUCCAAUCGAGGCCUCGUUUCGGCAAGUGACGGUGGCAACGGUGCAAUUGAGAACGUUGAACAUAGUCAUGGCGAACCUUUCCCAGGCGUAUUAACUGAGGGAGCUAUUCCGGCUGCAGCCGGGAAAACAGUCCUUGGCCGUUCUCAUUCGAUAUAUCAUGGGAGUAAUGAUUGGCACACCGUGCUACAGGAGAUUGGUGACCUCAAAGGUAGACUCCAUGGAGAACAGCGCCGCGAUAGCGAUUAUAUGUUCGAGAAUUUACAUAUAUCUGCACCUGAUGGGUCAGGCUUGCUCUUUACCCAGGCCGCACCGGUUGAGCGAAUGGAGAUGCUUUCCUCGUUACCUCCUCGAUCGGAAGUCGAUCGAUUAGUUGCAUGGUACUUCGAUGUACAGAGCUUCCCGAUCCCUGUUCCACCUAUCAUUCAUGAACCAACCCUAAGACGCGAGCUGGACCGUCACUGGCAAGACCCAUUCCAAGCAGAUCUGAUCUGGCUCGGUCUGGUCUUCUCUAUUCUCGGCAUCACUAUGCUUGCAUAUCAUCAGCAUGGAGAGCCGCCCGAAUAUGAAGGCCGUUCCGAAACGCUCUUCCAGCUCUACCGUACCCGCACAGGCCAGUGCUUACAACGCGGAGAUAUCUCUAAAUGUCUACCGUACACCGUGGAAGCACUACGUCUCAAUGCUACCGCUGAGUUACACAGGAAGGACGAUAAUCGCCGCGCAUUAUGGAUGACAACCGGAGUUAUCGUUCGCGCCGCCGUGAACAUGGGCUACCAUCACGACCCUGCUUCCGAUGCUAUGUGCAGCUUAAGCGCUGAAUACAGGAGACGUGUCUGGCUGUCCGUUAUCAGUAUGGAUAACAUGGCUUCGUUUCAGCUUGACUUUCCACGCACAAUGCCGAAAUCGUUCUCGAACACGAAAGAGCCUCUUAACGUCCAUGAUUGGGAAUUGUCGGAACGCACAGAAGCUCUGCCUCCAGCCAGACCGCUUUCCGAGCUAACUCCAGUCACGUAUUUGAUUGCUAAAGGCCGUCUCUAUAACACUUUGGGUCGCAUUACAGACUUGAACAGUGGUCUCCAGCUCGGUUCCUACGACACUGUCCUCGACAUUGAUCAUGCGCUGCAAAAAGGACUCGAGGAUGCGCCACCAUAUGUGAAAGCUGUGCUUUGCGGUGAUCAUGAACCCGCUUCAAUCACUGCAAACUUCUCAGCGUUUAGUUUGUUACAUGCAUACUACCUUGGCAUGUGCGUCUUGCACAGACGGUUCAUGGCAAAAUCGAAAGAAGAUGCCCGGUUCAGUUUAUCCCGGGAGCGCUGCGUCUCGUGCUCGAUAUCGUUGUUAAGCUUUCAAAGAAAUUUAGAUCCAAAAUACUACAAAAUAUCGCGAACAAGGCAGACCUUUGCACUAGCAGCGAUGCUCCUAUUCCUCGAAGUAGAGCUGAGGAAGGAUGACACCAAGCACAACACCUUACCGGAAAGCCAUAUUAUCCUAGAAACGCUGGAGAUUUCUGUCAACUCUUGGGCAGCGGCUAUGCAUCUUUGUCAAGAAACAUGGAGCAUAUACGACUUGCUCGUGAGGAUGAUCGCUGCAUGCCGCACAUGGGCCUCAAUGCUGAGCUUCUUGGGACAUGCAUGGACCCCAGUGGAGAGACACUAUACGAUGUUGGCUUCACAGACGUAG